AACCACAGAAGCGCAGAUCCCAGCAAAGAACAAGGAGGUCCAGGACCAUCCCCCCAUCAUAGCAGCUGCCUUGAAAUUGUAGUUUCCAUAAUUAGUUAGAUAGCAAAGAAUAGUGACUGUGUGCCUACAAAGAGGGGGAGGCAGAGACUGAAAGAGAAAGGAGGAGGGGACAGACAGGGAGAGACUCACAAGGGGGAGUGAGUAGUGAAUUCUCUUCUGUCCUCUUGUCUAAGUCAAAGCUGUUGACCAAAAAAGACACUUUGCCUUAUUCUACUGCUUCUUGCAUUUUUUUUUUUUUCUUUCUAAGUUUUUUCCCACUCCCUCAUUUUAAUAAGUGCAGCCUCUCAACCCCCUCCUUCCCUUCUUCUCUCCCAGAAGAGUCCCAGAGCCAAAGAGGAAAACAUCUGGAUUUUGUUUUUUAAGAAAGAGAGGGGGAAGGAGUGAGAGAGCGAAGGGGAGCGCAGGAAUCAUGGGUGUAGUGAGCACACCCCAAAAACCCCCUACUUUGGCAGUGGUAAAGUGGGAGAGGAAAGGUUGGUGGUUCUAAGAUGCUGGCUUGGAGAAGAUCGGGGAACAGAAUACAGAAGAAUAGGACCUGCCUAGAUACAGUGCAGGCUACAGGUCUCUUUUCCAACUGGAUCAUGUGCUCGGGGUAAAGAAAACCAAAUUUGCAGGUUUAUCUGCUGUGGAAUUUACAAGCCGUGGACUUUCCUCGUGUGCUGUGGAUAUCACUUUGUCCUCUCAAUCUGAACAAAGUCUGAAGAACGUUUAACAAGCAGGCUUCUUCAUCUAUGCAACUGGUCCCGCAAAGCCUCUUCUAUAAGGUGCUCCAUGCUGUGGUCACACAAUGACACCAUCAAGUACAACCAAGGGACAAUAGCCCCGCAUUGCACAUGAGGACAGUGAAGGAUUGUCCAAAAGCUGGAGCAGAGAAGAGUCUGGAGCCGUUCCCAAGCUGGGGCCUGUUGGAUUGGGUAAUAAGGUAGCGGGGGCUGAUAUUUCGCUCACCCACAUACAGUAGAAAGGCGGCAGCCUACUCAAGACCUCAUCACAUCGCACCUUGGAGGCAGACAGAUGACAGACCCUCCAAAAACGUUUCAGCGUAGAAUGGACUAAAUGUUUCUUUUAUGGCUCAACACUGAUCCAUGCAGUGUGUAAUUCCAUACACCAAGCUUAACACAACUGCCAAGAUGAGCAUAUAUCAACAGUACUUGAAUGUAUCCAAGAUUUUGGAACAUUAUAACUACACCAAGGGGCUACAUAAGGACAACCCUUCCCGUUCAGCAAUCUCCAUCAUAUUUAUCAUCAUUUGCUGCAUCAUUAUUCUGGAGAAUAUUCUUGUCCUCAUUGCCGUAUUGCGCAACAAGAAGUUCCACUCUGCCAUGUUCUUCUUUAUUGGAAAUCUGGCAUUUUCGGACCUCCUUACGGGAUGCGCCUACAUUGCCAACAUCUUGCUUUCUGGCAAAAUGACCUUCACCUUGACUCCUGUAUCAUGGUUCAUCCGCGAGGGCACGGCUUUCACAACCCUGGCUGCAUCUGUCUUUAGUCUGUUAGCCAUUGCUAUUGAGAGACAUGUGGCCAUCACAAAGGUCAAGGUCUACAGCAGCGACAGGAACUGCAGGAUGAUCCUCUUGAUUGGAGCUUGCUGGGUUAUCUCAAUGGUAAUUGGUGGCUUACCUAUUAUUGGCUGGAACUGUAUUGGAAACUUGGAUGAGUGCUCCUUUGUUUUUCCUUUAUAUGCCAAAAAGUACAUUCUGUUUGUAGUAACUAUCUUCACCGCCAUACUUUUAUCCAUUGUUAUAUUUUAUGUCCGUAUAUAUUGCGUGGUUAAAUCCAGCCAUGCUGAGAUAGCAGCACCACAGACUCUUGCCCUCCUAAAAACAGUUACAAUAGUUCUUGGAGUCUUUAUUAUCUGCUGGCUACCUGCCUUCACUAUUCUCCUCAUGGACGUGUCAUGCAAAAGGAAAUCCUGCAGCAUUCUUUACAAAGCUGACUACUUUUUUGGGUUGGCCACCUUGAAUUCGGCACUGAACCCUAUAAUUUACACUUUGAGGAGCAAAGAAAUGAGAAGAGAGUUUCUGAGGGUUCUUUGUUGCUGGAGCUGUUUGCGCAGGAAAAAGACUCCCGACAGGUGUAUGCUACAUAUACGUAGUUCUAGCUCCCUGGAACGCUGCACACAAAAACACUAUUUUCCCACUUCACCUAUUAUAAAGGACUGCAAUACAUUUGUGUGAGAAAGUUGUCGUUCCGGGGUUUCUGAAUAUAAACACCUCAACAUUCUGAUGGCGGGUUGGUUCAAAUGACAUGACGACCACAAAUGUGGUGUCUGGACUUAGGUACCCAUCAGAAAGUAGUUGGCCAGGAAGGUAUUUCUAUGUUGUCUAAUUACAUUUCCUCAUAUUUCUGGCUUAACCCUGUUAACCUGCCAGAUUUGAGGGCUAUGUCCUGUAAAGGGAAAGUUCUCAAAAGUAUUCAGCACUCUGGUUUACUUUUGUAUACAUUACAGAACAAUCCAGUAUGACAGAAGGCUUAAUGUGAAAAUUAUGUAAGUAUUGUGAAGUCCCUAUAGGCACUUUAUUUAGAGGAUAUAAAAGUAAUUAUUCUGUAUGUGGUAGAAAAAAAAGGACUCAACACUCCCUAAAUGAUUUAAGUUAAAAGACAUUUAGUAUCAUGAAUUUAUAUUGUAGUAUAAAGUGCCACACAGGAAGGCAAUCCUGUUAUUAUGAAGGUUGCAAAAAAUUGCAGAAGCCCACAAGCUGUUAAUGUUAAAUUGUAAAUUUUUCUCAUUUGAUUUCUGUAUAGAAGACUACGGAACAGUAUUUCUGGCACAUAAAUGCAAUAGGUAAUAUGUACUGUUUUCUUCCACAAGAGAAGAGAGUAAAUUUGUAUCAAUUGUA